AUGUCCGCCAUCGCGAGUGCAGCAGCAGCUGCUGCUGCCGCCGCAUCGCCGCGUCCACCAUCGUCCGCGCUCUACACAGAACGGCUCUUCUACGCGGCGUUGAAGCAAGGGAACCCGUCAGAGGCGCGGGUGGAGGCGUUGACGGCGUUGGCGCUCCGGCACCUCUCGAAGUCUGCCGAGACAUGGGCGGCGCUGCGCAAGGCGCUGAUGGAGCAGUCCGAUCUCGACGCGGCGCCGAACCGCACCCUGUGGUACGUACUCGACGCACUCAUAAAGCACGCCCCGCACGUGUUUGUGCCCCUGGUCGCCCCACGCCUGCUCGAGUACACCAUCCAGCAACUGCCGUGGGAGCUGGCGGGGCACCGCGGUCAGACAUUGCUGUGGUUUGAGGCUCUUGUGCUGUCGUGGGAGAAGGUGCUGCCGCAGCGGCUCUAUAGCGCCGUCCGCCAGCACGCCGUGCAGUCAAGGAGCGGGGCAGAGCUGCACGAUCUUCUCGAGGCUGCUGAGAACUCGGUUGACGACGGCACGUUGGCCUCCCCGGCAGACCUACAGAAAUUGCGUGACGCGUGGGAUGCUGUGCAGUACAUGGGCGAACAGGAGGCUGGCAAGUCUGUUUUCCAUGCGCGCCCCAUCGCUGCCGCGGUCGUAGUGGAGGAUGAGGAUGGAAACAGUUCCUCGUCCCCAUCGGCACCCCUGAGCAGGCUGUACGCGAUGCCAACCGGCAACAAAGGCCGCACAGCAGGGGCAAGUACCUUAGGCGCCGAUAGCGCGAAUACGCAGCAGCAGCAGGAGGAGGACGAGUACACGCCAGACUUUGUUGAAGGCGCCAAACCGCGCGAGCUACCAAAGCUGGAUCUUCCGAAGCUGAAGCGGCGACGAGAGGGGCGACGCAGACCUCGUGAAGAUGACCUCGGCAUGUGA